AUGCAAAAUGUCUUCCACGACUACUACUUUAGAAUUCAACCAGUGGUCAUCAUCAGUUAUCUUGCAGCCCUUAAACAGAGUGAGGAUGAGCCCGUUCAAGACUUCAUAACCAGGUUUAGGAAGCUUAAGAUGAAAUGCCGGAUACCUAAGGAAGAAAGAGACUCCAUUCAAAUGGCUCAAACGGCCCUUAAGAUCUCUCUGAGGAAGAGAUUUGAUGGGAUCCUGUUUGGACACCUGGUAAAAGUAGCAGACAAAGCAUCUAAAUACGAGGAGCUGCUUAGGGAAGAACAACAGAAAAGGAACUCUUCUAAAGGCACAUAUUACAAAAUCCCAACUUCUUCAGUACAUCUGAUUGAGGUAGAGUCAGAAGAAGGCACAGAAAGCUCGGAGGAAAGAGAAGUUGCAGUGGCAGAAAUGGCAAAAUUAAAACAUCUCAUCAGUUGCAAGGCUUUGACAAAGCCACCAAAGGAUCAGAAGCCGUCGCCGCCAUUUACAGGAGGGUUUGUUCCAAACAAACCAGCACAGAACAAAGUUUAUUCCUUCGAUUUAACCAAAAUUGAUGCCUUGUUUGAUGAGAUGCUAUUAGACGUCAUACAAGGAGGAAUAAUAGCAGGAAGGCUAAAACUGGCUGAGAAACCUCCCUCACUAACAACAUACCCUUUUCCCCAACCUCAAGUCAAUAUGGUCAACUUAAAUUGGUCAGAACAGAAGAGAGGCAAACUAACAGUAGAAGCUAGCCCCAACAUAGGCAGAACAGUCACAAGAUAG